AUGGCGCUGGAUGGGUCUAAUGGCUAUGUUGCCUCCAGUAACCUGGCGAAGCUAACCGAGCCCGCGUUGCCGAUUUUCAGCGUCGAACGAGUCCAGCUCGCCUUCUCAGUCGCCGCGGAUUUCGUCGCUGCGCAAGUUGCUAAUAAUGUUGUGAUCCUUGCACUGGCUACCGGACGAAUUUUGAGGAUUGACUUGAAUAAUCCUGAGGAUAUUGAUGAUAUCGACUUGCCUAAGAAAUCUUCUGAGAUUGGCAUUAUUCGUCGCAUGUUCCUUGAUCCAUCCGCUUCACAUCUCAUAAUAACCACUACUCUCGGCGAAAACUACUACCUCCAUACUCAAUCGAGGCAACCUAAGCAUCUCCCAAGAUUAAAAGGCGUGUCUAUUGAAUCAGUAGCAUGGAACCCCGCGCAACCUACAGCAUCAACGAGGGAAAUAUUAGUUGGUGCAGCAGAUGGGAAUAUCUACGAAGUAUAUAUUGAACCAACAACGGAGUUCUACCGCAGAGAUGAAAAAUAUGUCCAUUCAGUAUACAAGCUACCCGGCACUGCGGCAACUGGCCUCUGGGUAGACUUUGUUGCUGGCAAGCAAGACCUACGCCAUAUCCUGGUAUCUUCGAAUGGGAGAAUCCUCUAUUUCAGGGGGAAAACAAGUAGACAUGGGAAGGAGGGAGGUAGUUCGUUAUAUGCGGAUUUAUUCCAGAGAGAAAGUCCACUAGUCCAUGAGCUUAGCUCAGCAUCUUUGUCCGCCCCCUGUGUACUGGCAGUACAACCGGAUGCCUCCGAGGAAGCAUAUGGCAAUGAAUUAUUUAGCCAGAAACACUUUGCGUGGUUAUCCGCCCAAGGAAUCUAUCAUGGUGGUGUUUUAAACUCAUCCUCCCAUCCAGAAGUCGGAAACCGGGUUUUUGAAACAGCGAAAAUGAUUCCUCGAUCCGACCUACCCGCUACAGAGUCCGCGAGAGGCGGUAAAAAACUCAUUCAGGAUCCAGUGAUGGGAAUGACCCUAUCACAAUGGCAUAUACUUACUCUUGUUGAAGGGCGUAUUAUUGCCAUCAACCGGUUGAACGGUGAAAUUGUAUACGACCAAGCUGUACUUGAACCAGGCGAGAGUUCCCUGGGCCUAGUUUCGGAUUUAAAGAAGAACACCUACUGGUUGUUUACUGGACAAGAGAUAUUCGAAAUUCGUGCAAACGACGAAGACAGAGAUCUUUGGAGAAUAUUUCUUAGUGAGCAACAGUUUGAUGCAGCCCUACGAUAUGCCCACGGUUUAGCCCAGAAAGAUGCCGUUGCUACUGCCUCUGGCGACUUUCUAGCCAGCCAAGGCCAGUAUCUUGAAGCUGCGCAGGUUUGGGGCAAGAGUAGUAAGCCCUUCGAGGAAGUAUGUCUGACUUUCAUCAACAAAGGAGAAACAAACGCUCUGCGCAAAUAUCUCUUAACCCAGAUGACGACGUAUAAGAAAUCGUCUACUAUGCAACGGACAAUGAUAGCUAGCUGGCUUAUUGAAGUAUUCAUCUCGAAACUAAACGCCCUUGAUGAUGCUGUCCUGACCAAAGCAGAACUGGCGGAGGGAUCUAGCGUAGUAGAUACGAAGGAGCAGCUUCGAACAGUCAAAUCCGAAUUUCAAGCCUUUGUGACAAAGUACAAAGCUGACCUUGAUCACAAAACCGUUUAUGAUAUCAUUGGCAGCCAUGGUCGCGAAGAAGAAUUAUUGUACUUUGCGAUUGCGGUUAACGACCACAGUUUUGUCUUAUCCUACUGGAUCCAGCGUGAGAAGUGGGCUGAGGCUCUGGACGUACUCAAAAAGCAGACAGACCCGGAUGUUUUCUACAAAUACAGCAGCGUAUUAAUGACACACGUUGCCACGGAGUUUGUAGAUAUCUUAAUGAGACAAACAAACCUCGACCCCCAAAAAAUCAUUCCAGCGCUUCUCAGUUACAAUAAGGAGACAAAAGUACCUCUUUCGCAAAAUCAGGCCGUUCGAUACACUAACUUUAUUAUCGCAAAUCAUCCUGACCCUUCGGCAGCAGUUCAUAAUACUCUAAUAUCUAUAUAUGCCUCCCAUCCUUCACGAUCCGAAGCAGCUCUUCUCUCAUACCUAGAGUCUCAGCCGAUAUCUCCACCUCCUUAUGAUGCAGAUUUUGCUCUCCGCCUGUGCAUCCAGCACGGCCGUGUGCAAUCGUGCGUCCAUAUCUACAGCAUGAUGGGUCAAUACUUCGAGGCCGUGCAGCUUGCUCUGAAACAUGAUGACAUUGAACUUGGUGCCCUUGUUGCCGAUCGACCAGAAGGCAAUAACAAGCUUCGCAAGAAACUGUGGCUUCUGGUUGCGGAGAAGAAAAUCCAUCAGCCUGGCACCGGGAUCAAAGAUGCUAUUGAAUUUCUCCGCCGUUGCGAACUUCUACGAAUUGAAGAUCUCAUUCCGUUUUUCCCUGAUUUCGUGGUGAUCGAUGACUUCAAAGACGAGAUCUGCACCGCUUUAGAGGACUACUCACGUCAUAUCGAUUCUCUCAGGCAGGAGAUGGAUAAUUCGGCCCAUGUUGCUGAUCAAAUUAGAAGGGAGAUUGCGGCACUAGGAACGCGAUACGCAAUCGUGGAACCGGGUGAAAAAUGUUGGAUAUGCUCCAUGCCCGUUCUCAGUAGACAAUUUUUUGUAUUCCCUUGCCAGCAUGCGUUCCAUAGCGAUUGCUUAGGAAAGAAAGUGAUGGGCGCCGCUGGUGCAGGGAAGAGGAAGCAUAUCAAGGAUUUACAGGCAGAGAUGAGCAAGGGAACCAACACUGCUCCGAGAAGAGAGCAAGUCAUUCGUGAAUUGGAUGGCAUGAUUGCAGAGGCUUGCAUUUUGUGUGGUGAUUAUGCGAUUAAGCAAAUCGAUGAGCCAUUUAUUGGCCCAUCGGAUGAUAGGAAUGAGUGGGCAUUAUGA